AUGGGGCUAGAGGAGAAUCAGAUCCGGCCCUCCACCACGCCUAUUUUGGGAUUCAACAGCCAAAGAGUCUAUCCAAAGGGCGUCGUUCGAUUAACUGUGGUGGCUGCAAAACGCGCCCUGCUAGUAGACUUUCUCAUUAUAGACUCCACCACAAGCUACAACACCAUCAUGGGGAGAAAUUGGAUCCACCGGAUGCAGGGGGUAGUCUCAACUCUACAUCAGGUGAUGCAGUGUCAAUCACUCAACGGGCGCUACACCGUCGACAUCAAAGGCUGCCAGAAGCAGGCCAAAAAGUGCUUCCUUACCUUAAAAGAAAUAAAUAGCUCUGGCACUGCUUCCCAUGACAACUCCCCUGAUAAAUAG